UGAAGCGUAUUGUGUGUGCGAGCAGAGAAAAGCCUUGCAUAAUUACCUCCCUGUGGGAUUUUCAAUACGUGUGUGCGUACGCGUGUUUCCAUCUGUCUGUCUCACUAUCUGUUUGUCCGUGUGCACCUCUCUUGCAAACUCUCAUUUUCUCUUCCCUCCUCCCCUUUUUUCACUCGCCUCCUCUCUCACUCACACACUCUCUCUCUCUCUCUCUCUCGUUCUCCCUGUUUCUCUAUUCCCCUCUCACUCCCUGCUCUCCUCCCUCUCUCUCCUUGUAAGCGUAGUCUGGGCAUGCUGCCAAGCCGAGUGUGUGUUUUUUGAAUGAAUACCUGAUGAAGCUGAUGAAGUGCGUUGUGGGCGGAGCACCGGGAGGGGAGUACUGCUCGGAGCUCUGGCAGUCGAGUGGCCUUGCAUAACAUACGCCGGAGUGUUGCACACGUACUGCUUCAUGUGAGCCAGGAGCGCGGGGGGACUUCCUUAUCGCCAGCCCAUGGAAACGGCUUAGCGGAGGGGGCAGCGGGGAGAUCGCGUACCGGAACGAGGAAAAGGGUGAAUUUCCAUUGCUAAAUUUGCUUUAAGGAAACGCUCUGCAUGAAAGGGAAGAAUUGGAGAGGGGCUAAGCUUUUUUUUCUCAGGGACGCGAAAAGGCAUAGAGACCCAGAGAGGAUUUUUUUUAACAGGCUAUGCAAGCAGAGACUCUGGAGAGAUUGAGUACAGUUACAGCUGAGGAGGCCCACACUCAGAGGGAGAUGAUUCCUCAUGAAAUCCAUGGAUCCUCCUCUGACAGCAGACAAGACUCCACAAGCUUCAGACUGAGAUCUGCAUCAGUCAGACGCUGAGGACGCCGGAGUGGCUAACGAGUUAGCGGGAGGACCCCGCUACAGUGAUAACUACAACUACCGGACAGAUAAAGAGAGAUUAAGAGUUAGAGAGAAAAGGAAGAGAGGGAGAAAACUGACAUUAGAAAACGAGACUGGACUUACCAGCAGUAGAACAACAUGAAGUCCAACCAGGAGAGGAGUAAUGAGUGUUUGCCCCCAAAGAAACGGGAAAUUCUGGCCAUGGAAGAGAAGGCUGUGGUGGUGGCAUCGGCCAGCGAGAGCCAACGAGGGGAAAACCUGGCAUGGCUUGCAAGCGUGGCCAGUGGGCAGAACACUGGAGGGCAGCACGAUGGACACAUACACAAACCCCUCUCCUCAACAACGGAGUACUCCUCUUCCUCCUGCUCUUCAUCCUCCUUGUCCUCCCAGUCCAGAGUCGCAGUGGCUGGAACAGCGCUGACCACUCUGCCUACGGUGUACUCUUCGCCCCUCUCCCAAGCUGCCGGGACCAUCCAGUAUACCCAGCUGCCACCCAACGUGCAGUUCAUCAGCCCAGCCUACGGGGGGCACUACGCCGGCUACAUCUCCUCCCAGCUCAUCUCCCCAACGGCCACGUCCACCCCUGCCCUGGUCCAGCGCCCUCACCUGGAGGCCUAUGGUAGCGCUGUGGUUUCACAGGCCUCUAAAGGGGACCAGCACCACCUGCUGGGCACCCCUCCUCCACCCCAGUCUACCCACCAGUACGUCCAGAUGGCCGGCUCCCCUCUGAGUGUGACGGCGGGGACGGUGGCCUCACCUGGCGGCCAUCUGCCCUUGCAUUCGGCCGUCCUGCCCCACACCCUCACCCUCACGCCUUCGCAGGUGGUCGUCCAGUACGCCGAUAGCCCGGUGGCCAAGAAAGACGAGGGCCGGACAAGGGAGCUGCUGAAUGGCGAGGUGGAGAAGGGUCGGCGCUACGGGCUGCUGCUGGAGGCCAGCCUGAUCAAGCAGAGUGGAGUGGCCAAGGCAGCGCACGGCCAGCCGCAGCAGCACUACGAGACCCAGCACGUGGUCAUCCCAGCCGACUACACACAGGAAACAUCAGGGCUUCGAACCUCUCUGAUGCUGGUGCCCAACAGCCAUGGCAACAGCGGCGGUGCUGAGCAGGACUGCGGCCCAGAGAAGCCCCCAUCCUCUGUGGCUCACAGUGAGAAGGGGGGUGCAGCUCUGACCAAGCCCAUCUCUGGCAAGGCUUCAUCCUUUACCUUCCCCUCUUCCACGUCCUCAGAGGGGCUGAAGACGCACAUCGCCUCUCUGUCCCCACACACCGUCAUCCAGACCACUCCCAGUGCCGCCGAACAGAUCUCCAUGGGCGUCACCGCCCCCAGCUUCUACCACGCCCCCCAGCCGCCCAUCAUCGGCUACAUCGCAAGUGGCGGGCAGCAGCAGCAGACGGUCAGUUACCACGCCACCCUGCCCCAGCACCUGCUCAUCCCGAGCGGGCAGUCCCUGCUGGUCCCAGUCAGCGCCAGUGGCGGAGGGGAGCAGGAGCCCCCCCAUGCUGUGGUUACCUCCCCCCAGCAAAACGCUGUGUCUGCCUCGCACUCCUACAUCGCCACGGCGAUCCCAAAGUGUGAGCUCGUGGGGGUGAGUGAGCAGCAGGCCACAGGAGCCUACCCGGCUACCGCCACCGCCGGAGGCCUGGUGCAAGCCCAGCUCAACCUGCCUGUGCCUGCAGCCCCUGCCCCCUUGCUGCCCCCCUACUUCAUGAAGGGCUCCAUCAUCCAGCUAGCGGACGGGGAGCUGAAGCGGGUGGAGGACCUGCGGACAGAGGACUUCAUCCAGAGCGCCGAGAUCAGUGGAGAGCUGAAGAUCGACUCCAGCACGGUGGAGCGCAUCGACGGAAGCCCCACGCCCAACUCCGCCAUCAUCCAGUUCGCUGUGGGAGAGCACAGAGUGCAGGUGAGUGUGGAGGUGUUGGUGGAGUAUCCCUUCUUCGUUUUCGGGCAGGGUUGGUCGUCCUGCUGCCCGGACAGGACCACCCAGCUGUUUGAGCUGUCGUGUGCCAAGCUGUCAGUGGGUGACGUCUGCAUUUCCCUCACCCUGAAGAACCUGAAGAAUGGCUCUCUGAGGAAGAGCCAGUCUCAGGCUGCUGGAGUCCCACUGAAGCCCCCCAAGGCAGAAACACAGCACAGGGACAGGGGGGGCAACUGCAGAGAGCAGGAGAAUGGACUAGGGCAGUGGGCAGGAGGGGUGGAAGGCAGGGUGGGGGGCAUCAUCUCUGAGAAUGGAGAACUGAAGUCUGGGGAAAAGACCUGCUCACCCGAGGCACUAAAAACAGAAUCUGGAGGCACUGAUCGACCUUCUGGUCGCAAGAGGAGAUGGUCAGCCCCAGAAGGUCGACAGGUGGAGAAGUCCGGUGAGGGGCCAUCCCCACCCCUGCCCAAAACCACAUUUAUCCCUCAGGAGGUUAAGAUCUGCAUCGAAGGCAGAUCAAAUAUAGGCAAGUGAACAGUCACAGGAUUUUUGCAAAUGGGGGAAUGAGAGCAACGAUUCACUUACGUGUGAUUUUUUUGUUUUGUUUUUCCUAUCCAGAUUACUGUACUGUAGGCUACAUUUACUACAUAUUUUCAUGCUAUAAUUUUACUUUAGGUCCGUGUAAUACCUACACAUAGAGUUUUGACAUUGUUUGAUAUUGCACAGGCUGUUGAAAUAGUUCCACAAUUCUUGGGCAAGUUUGUUUGAGGGAUUGCAGUGUAUCAAACAUAUAUACAUAGGCAGGUGGCUUGAGCACCGCUUGACUCUAUUAUGAAAAAUAAGCUGGUCUCCUUGCUUUAUAGCCCAUUUACAUGUACAUUAUCAUCACCUUUAAAGGGCCCGACAUGAACAGACUGUUCGGCACAUUGUCCAAGGUUGCAGGAGACACAGGAUGUUGAAAGGCUAUGGUCCAGUUCUGAGUGUCACUGAGAGAUGGGGGUAGAGUUCAUGUCACAUGACUAGCUCAGUCAUGUUAUUGGUGCCGAGUAUUCUUUCACCCCUUGUAUUCUGACCACACCCCUCUUGCUCGACGGAGGCGAGGGCAGAACAUCACCUUGAGCUCACCUCCUCAUAGCAUCUGUGCUCUGAGGCUGCAGAAUGUGGAAUGUCAGCACUUUACCUACCGCAUUUGGUGGAAUGGCGGAACCACUCCUGCCAUGCACCCUCCCUUCCCCCAAGAUCACUGUUUCCAUGGCAAUGGGGGAUGCAGGUGGGAGUUGACAUGAUGUCAGCCAGCUCAUGCGUUCUAUCCCUUUUUUAAGGUUUGUGUGUCUAUUUUUUUGUUUGUCAUAUGUUAGUCUCAUAGAUAGCAUUUACCUUUUCAUGGGGCCCUGUCUGGAUUACACAUCGUGUGGAAAGACAGUGGACGCCUUGGAUACACUGCUUAUGUCUCAGAGAUAUGUGGUGGCAGCCAGAGACCGAGGACGACAUACGCCUCAGUAGCAGAGUGCAGACUGUGGGAGGAGAGUGAGGCCUCAUCAGGCUCAUAAUGGAUCAAACUGCCACACGCUUUCAUUGAUUGACUUACACAACACGUUUCAACACGUUUUUUUCUCCAUGUCAAAGCACUUUGAUUUGAUCAAGUCAGCGAGUCUGACUGCCUCACUCUCCUAUUAGUAAGGGCAGGGGCACCCAGGGCCUCGCUGUCACUGUACUCAAUAUGAAGACAAGUUUCAGUUCACUGUGGGUGGCAGGCAAAGGCACAAACCUAAAGAGCACCUGGGGGUGGUUCUGCAAAAAAUUAUCUGGAGUUAAUCUUGCAAGUAUGAACAUAUAUAUUCUGUUGGAUUUAAAAGGAAAAAUCCGUUUUGAAAGCAAAGCAAACAUUUUGAACCACAAGAAAUUGUUUUGUGAAGCAAACCAAGCAUUGUAAAGUUGGACAACUUUUAAAGGCUUGGCAAUGUUCAACCAAACACUUUUUCCCUGGGUUUGGUACCAUUCUGGGUGCCUUUUCCAAUGCUCACAGAAUCCACUGCUGAACUUUGAUGUGUCUGUUGUACAGCCCCAGAGAUGGUGGAGUCAGAAGGUCACUUUAUAAAGGGAAACAAUGCUGAUCAGAGAGGGGGUGGAGGAUCUCUACACACAGCACUAUGUUUACAUUGUUUUUGCUAUAGAACUGGCUUUGCCUACAUAGAGACACUGCCUCUCUGUCAGAUAUUUUACAUUCAAAGCACAUUUAAUUUGUAAUGUCACGUUCCCAUUAUCUGAACAUUAUACACUCUUUGGGUGGUAUUUAUCCCCUAGCCACUGAUUUACUUUAAUAAGCAGAUUUCCUCUUGGCCCCUACUGUUGAAACUGCAAAUGGGGCAGUUUCAAUAGAAAUGAUAUGAAUCAUUUUACACUACUCUCUGGCCUAAGAGGCAUCUCCGUAGCACAAUGAAUUUUUAUGUUUGUUCCAAUUUCAGUAGCUGGACAUUUUAAGACUCUUUCUCAUGAUGGUGCACAGAAAAGGUUUUCAUCUUCCUUUUUUUCAAAUGCUUUUUAUGUAUAAUUGGCCCCUCACAUUUUUAGGAACACAACCUGUUGGUAGACAACUCAAGAUGAUCGAAUGAUUUCAAAUCUCUCUUGUACAGUAUGUCCAAACUGUUCUCUUAGUUAAUGUCCACAGCCCAAAAGUGCAAUGUACAAUCACAAUGUGCUGGUAGGGAAAGGUACAAAGGGGGUUUUGUUUGAGAAACUGAGUGUGCUAAGGAAUCAAACAGAGAUUAUUUUCUUGUAGAAUUUAUCUCGUGUAAUUGAUCCAUAAACGGAAUUAUCACUUGUCCACUCCCUCACGAGUGCAGGAUCACUGGAGUUUGGACCAGUUAUGUGAAACAUAUCCUGCUUGUCAUAUAGUUUUAAGUGUCUGAUUAGAGAGACCCCUUUGAAUGAUACCGCCCUGUUACAAUUUUCCUCACAGUUGAAGGUGCAGGCCACCGGCCAGUCCCUGACCAGACAAUCAGUCCUGCCAUAUGAUGUCAUGAAACAGCAGCAGUCAUCCCUAGUGAUGGAGAGGGCUUUUAUUUAUUUUUUUCUUUCCUUCCUUUUUACUAAUAUUUUACAAGAGAAUUUUGGAGUGUGUUUUUAACUCUGAUAAUUCUAUUUUCUUUGUUGUUGUGUUGCCUGUUUGUUCCUACUUGGUUUAACCCUCAUGAUCUUUUCAGUGUUUUGUGGGAUAUCUGACAGGAAGGAUUUGUUAAUAAGAACGUUCUCACUUUGAACAUCAGAGGGAUAUGGAAACUAUGUGAAAAGAAGUCAGAGACUGAAAAGAUUAUUUGAUAAUGGAAAUUGUUCCCUUAUCAAUGUUCAAGGGUCUAUCCACAAACAUGUGAGAGGUGUCUGUCUCCUACAUAUAUGUAUCUUCAUAUAUAUGUAUGUGUAUGUUUGUAGGUUUAUGCAUACACAUAUGUAUUUAUGGCACAUGUAUAUUUUGUGCAUGCAUAUUGUUUUCUGGAAUAUGCAUUCAUAAAUGCAUGUGUGCACAUAUACACAUGCACACUUUUCCAUGAAACACUGAAAUGGCCUGCCUGUGUUUUGUGAUUGGAAACAAUAUGUAGUGAUUUCCCUGUUCUGUACUGUAGUUUGUGUGCAUAUUUGUGUAUAUACUGUAUUGUACAGUAUACACACAGUAUAUAUAAUGAAAAGAUACAGUGUUUUCUGUUUAACGUUAUACUUUUAGAAUCUUGCAAUUUGCACAGCUGGAGAGUUUGAGACUUUUCUUUUUUGUGGGGGGGGGGGGGGGGUCUUGGGGAUGCAAUGAAUGUUGGGAAUUAAUUUACCUAAAUGUAGCAGUGACCAGUACUUUACAGUGACAAGUUCUGCCCGCAAGCCCUACAUGCGGGUCUUCUCUUCUCUUUAUAAGGACUUCAAGCAUUGACUGCUGCGGUCACGGCUACAGUGGGCAGAAGUAAAUCUGUGCCCUUGUGCCCAUGUGUGAAUUUGACUUGAUCUGCUCAUCUACUUUGAGGAAGGCAUUACUUUCAUGUAGCAGAUAAGCAGGCUACGGGGGCAGAUGGGAUCAAGUCCAAUUCACACAUGUGCAAUAAGGGCACAGAUUUAUUUCUGCUCACCGUAGCUACAGCCUUCAAUGCUUAAAGUCCCUAUUAUCAUGUAGAAAAGGAACAGGAAGAACUACACGUAAACAAUUACAGUUAUGUGGCUCUCUGAUUGGCCCAAGAGGCCUGCCAGCCAAGAGAGAGGUGUGUUCUCUUGUGAUACAACACAGUGAAUCAAUGUACAUGAGUCAAGUGCAUGAUCGAAUACACCCAUACAGAUUUGAAAUGCUUUAUUUUUGCAGUGAAACAGGGUUUCUUGGAUUGUUAAUACAACAUUUAGUAAUAUUGUCUUUGAGAGAUUGAUUUGAGGGAGACUGUUUGGAUAGAGCAGUUCUGUUUGCUUGCAGAAUUUACACAUCAUCUUAGAUCCUGGUUGUGCAUAGAUGCAGUCAUUUCAUGAUCCACAACAAUAAUGCUGUUAGUGUAUGUAACUUUCAGGGAAUUCUUUACAUUUAUGAGGUUUAUCGAUCUAGGGUUUUUUAAUGUGUAGAAGUUAUUUAACAACCCAGAUAGCAAGCGACUCCAUGGCGGACCUGUGCUAAUUCUGGCCCGAAGUCAGCACAGCCAGCGCGGAACUGGUUCGGAGUCGCUUGCUAUCUGGAAAGUGUGCUAAUCAAAUCUACCAGCACAAGCAAAAUCUGAGUGGAACUCUUGUCUUCAUUGUUGAAUGAAUUAACUCAACCAAAAGAGUACCCCAAAUUAUUCUUAGCAGAAAUGAACAGAGACAGGAUUCUGUUUAGAUUGUUUGACUGUUUUGUUUUACAGUUGCAUGGCCUACCAUUUAGAAAAUUCAGGGAAAUGUAAUAAUAACACUCUUAUGAUACAAUAUGCAGUGAUGGUCUUGGUAUUUUUGGUAUUUCUUGGUAUUUUAUUUUGAUAGGACUUGUGUGUCCCGACAACCCCACUCCACGUAAUGACCUUAUCAGCCCUUUAUGAUUAGUGCUUGACCAGCCUAAUUUCCCCAGUUCGGGAACUUUCAGUAUCGCGCCAUUUGUUUAUUUGUUUUGAUUCUGAUCGAUUCACCUUGAUUUGAUUUUCGAUUAUCAGGCUGUAGAUGAGCAGGCCACGGCUGGAGAAUCGGUGACGCAAAGGCAGAAAAGAUGCUUGAGGCUGUCACUGCUCCACUGCAGUCUUUAACAGCUGAUUGAAUGUACAAUAGUAUAGUGAGAAGCUAUGAAAUAAAGCAACCUUUAGUGUUUUUUUUUUUCUUCCUCCCAGUCGAGGUAUGGUAAUGGGAUGCUUUGGAAGUGACGUAUGAGGUUGUAAGGCCAUCUCUAUCUUGGCAUCAGUUCAGCCAUUUGGUUUCAUUUUUACUAUGUGCAAUACCAAUAAUUUCUCUCUCCCGUUGUGCCAACUCAGAGUGGUGAGUGAGUCAUUACCCUCUGCCUGCCCCCCCCCCCCAUCCCUACCCCCACCCCCAUUGACUUAUCUUUCUGUGUUUCUGGAGAUUUGUCUUUUACAGUCCUCAGCACAAAGCUCUUGCCUCAAACUGGAGAAUAUGCAGACAGGGAGUGUCAUACCUGGUUAUCCAUGUGCCUCUUAACCACUUCCAGCUUGCAAUACAUCAUCCCCAAACAGCAUCCCGCCCUUCAAUGAUCUUAAAACAUUAAAACAUGCAAUUUUCUGUACACAUGAACAUCUUCACAUAGUCAAGCUAUCAGCGUACGUUCCUGAGAGCUUUUUAUUUUCCUUUAUUUUCAGAAAGUAGACACGAAAGGAGGAGUAAUUAACUUUUCCUGAAAAGCAUUGUACUUAGGAGUUGUUUUUUAUUUUUUAUUUUUGUACAGAAUAGAUCAGUGCUUUAGGGAGCUGAUAAUGAUGUCACUUGCCAAAGUGAACGCAACAAUAUAUGUUCAGCAAUGUUUUGUCUCCCAAGUACAAGGCUAGUAGCAGUAUGUGUGAUGGAAGGCAGACUGUAGAAUCAUUCUCUAGCAGGCUGUCACUGAGCAGGGAUGCCUUACUGAGUGCAUCUGGUGUCUUCUAUUCUUAACACCUCAGCAUCCCCUCCACCUUUACUUUUCAUGGGCAACAUUUUCAGUGUGAAAUGUUUUAACAAUAUGGAGGAAAAUUAUUUUUGGUCACAUGAUAAAACCAAUUGCAUGUGACAUCAUCCCUCACUCCCCACCGAAGGCCAAAAAUCUUAGAUUUUACUCAGGGAAGGGGCUGGUGUGUGUGCGUAUGCGUUUGUGUGUGCGUGUGUGUGCAUUAGCAGGGGCGUGUGCUCAUACAGUAGAUAUGGUGCACGGAAGCAGCACUUUUAUGGCCCAGGAGCAGAGGUGGUCCUCUUUCCCCUUGAAAUGCAGAAAAAAUGUCAUUUUGAUUGCCUAACCUCCUAACUUGCUUUUGGCCUUUUUUGGUCCUUAUUUGAUGGGAUUGUUCCCGGACGACAGACCUCAAAGUGUUGAACACUUAGUAAUGCCGAGACAGACUCUCUGGGGGUCUGUCUGCAUCUCGCCAGCACCUCUAGUGGCCGUGCUUUGUCACUGUAACCUCAUUAUGUACCCUAAUAGCUUGCAUUUGUUCAUAACCCUUUGUGAGUAGUGAUACUGUUGUCAUGGUGAGAGACUGACAAUGAAAAAAACCUCAUAAAGUGGGGACCACUUUUAAAAAAUGCACAUAAACUUGUUUAUUAGUGUAGAUUUAGUAAUACUGUUUAUGCACUUUUGAUGCCGAGAAAGGCCUCGUCCGUUGUUUAUAAGGCCUGGUCCUUUUGAAGUCUGACACUUUUUUCAAAAAUACAGAAAUGAUAGAGAGAGAGAGAGAGAGAGGCUAUGAGAUAAGACUAUGAGUAAUAUGCGCUGUGUGAUGAACAUUGUCAUAGGAAGUAGCAGAGUUACUGUUACUUUGCAGAAACAGCCGUUCCACCCCAUCCACUGCCCCUCUCCCAAGCCCCCUCGCUCAUUCCUGAGUCUACGGAGCAAUAGUAGAGGGUUUACGGGUGGCUGCUGUAGCCUCAUGGUUCACCAAUUCAAAACAAAUUGCACACCUCUUCUCUCUGGCUUACCUUCUGUUUUUGAUUUGUUGCGGGUUGUUUUUUUUAUAGAUAUGAUAAUAUCAUAAUAAUUAGUGGUAAAAUGAUAAUUACAAUGUAUUAUUAUUAUUAUUAUUAUUAUCAUUAUUAUUAUAUGUAGCAUUGUCACCUUUUAGUAGGGAUGUAUAGAUCUGCUUUUUGAAUGUUUUGAUGGAGCAGGUGCAGAACUGUUGGAAUGCACUCAUUUGAGGUUUAUACAUCUGUUGUGGUUGUUUCAUUGUUUUCAUUUUCAGUUGCACAAAUGAAAUAGAGAAUUCGAUGUGACGUUCAGUAUUUGGAGAGAAUAAGUAUGCAUUUUGAGGUGUUUGUUUUUCAAAUUUGCUAUCAAUUUGGCACUCACCCAGAUCCACUGUUGAGCUUGACUGUUGUUGACGUCUUGACGAUGUUCAGGCAAUUUGCUGGAAGUAACACUCAGGCCCUGACACAGACAAGCCCACUGCUUGUUUUUGUUUAGCCCUACAUUAGGACUGUUUUAUGUGGACUGGUCUCUUUUGAGUCAUAUUAUUUUAUAAGCAUAGUUAUUAGCAUUUUUAUUAGGAAUUGAAUCUGUUUGAACUGGCCAAAGUUGCUUAACAGCAGAAAAAAGUCACAUAGGACACAGGCUAUGCUUGUGUGACCGUAAAGUUGACUGGAAGGUCUAGCUCUAGUUUUAUGGCAGUGGUCGUCACAAGAUAGCACUGUUGUUCUUCCUUUAAAUGACCGAGUGUCUGCACUCCCAUUUUAGGCUCCUUAUCAAACCGUACCUUACUGUCUCCAAGUGACAAGUUAGCGAGGAGCACAGCUAACACUGUUUAUUGGCCUGGUCAUAUGAAACCAUUCCUUUCUUAGCCGCUGCUUCGCCGGCGAGUCCACACAGCAGGCACUUUGUUCAAGCGGCGUUAUUGAAUUACACUGUUUGUUUCACUCUUGACUUGAUUUUAUGUCAUCCAGACACCCUUCCUCCGCUUUAUAAAGAAAAAAAAAGAAAAACAGGCCAUCAGGCAGACAAAUCUGGGGUCCUUGUCAGGCUAAAAUCACCAGACAACAGAAUUGCUGAGGUCUAUGCUCUCAAAGCCAUCAUAUAGACAGUGUGGGAAUUCCACCGGUAUUAUAACAAUGUAAUCUCAUUGAAAACACAGCAUAUCUAAAUGAGUAACACAUUUGAAUGUCUUUUUUUUUACACAUUAGCGUUUCUCCAAAAACUCACCCACCUAGCCUGUGAAACAGAUUGCCCUCUUGUUAUCUUGUUAAAGAUAUAUGGGUAUAGGGUGUAAUUAUCAAUUAAUCCGAAUGGAGAGUGUCAGGAAAUGUUGUGGCUUGUGUUUCAGUCAUUUAAAUGUAUGACAUAAAAGUAGGGCCUCAUCUUGUGGCUGUUAACUUAAAGUGCAAUGUGUCCCCCUUGUGUUUUGGCUGGUCGAAUGAUGGCGAAUAUGAUGUUGUAGUCUCUCUCUCCCCCCCCCCCCCCACAUUUCCCACAAAUUUUACUGACAUGCACGCUGUUCCUGUUGUUUGUUCUUUCAAUCGUUUUUUAUUUUACUUUUUAUUUUUGUUGGUUAUGUUGAGAAGAAUGAAAGACAGAGGAAGCCAUGAUUAUGUAACAUGGUGACGGUGUUCUAUUGAAAGUGUCAUAGCCCUGGGCAGUGAAGUACAGGUGUUGAUGUGACGAGGUGAAGUCUUCCGUUGGCGUAGCUACAGAGGGUGUGUCUGUUUUCUCAUUUCUUGCCAUCAGACAGAGAAAGUAUACUACAAGCAGCUCUGCCACAUGGCAAGAGACCAUGGAAGAGGGGAAAUGCUUUGCACCGUACUAUUAAAAGCAGAAUUAUCUUGAGUAGAGAGCUUAUAUUGAAAGGAAUCUUUUUUCUCUUCUGUUUCUCCUCAUAUGCGUGCAAACUCUCUGUAAUUUCAGUGUAAUAUAUUGUACUUGCACUAGCUUUUUUAUAUAAAAAAAACAACAAAUAUAAAAAAAUGGAAGAAUUCAAGUUAUAUUUUCUAAUUGUGGUGUGUCUAUUUGUAGGAUACACUCAAGUCUGUUUAUUGGAUUUUAUGGUCCUUUUCUUUGAUGGUGCUUGCAGGUUUUCUAGUUAGAAAUUAUUUCAUUAUUAUGAAUAAUAAAACAAUAUUUGUUUCAUGAUUUGAACAAAUUUGUUUUAAAAAAAGAAAAAAAAAAUGUCUGUAUACCAGUACAAGUUUAUUGUUUCAGUAUACUCGUACUAAUAAAAUAACAGUGCCAAUUGCA